AGAAAAACACCAUGAGAUCAGGGGCGAAACCAUGAAGCUCUUAAAACUCUUAAUGGAAACUGUAGUGUAGCCGUUAAAAAUACACUUAGCAAAUGUAGCUAUGCAAACAUUUUAAUUUUCUCUUUAUCUGAAGCCGUUUAUGCAGCGUCCUCUUCCUGAAGUGCCUUGUAAGGGAGCAGAAACGGUGUUUCUCACAAGUCAUUGUGAAAGUGAAAGAGAUUUGGGCUUACUGCGUCUUACAGCAGAAGCUGGAUGAUGGGUGUUGUUAAUGUUGUGUUACUGAUGCUGCUGGUUUGGACCUUCACAUCUGUCUGUGAGGAUGAUGAUGAUAUCACAAUUAAGUGUGAAGAUGUGACUGCACCUGUGGGAGAUGAAAUAAAUCUCGCCUGCACAGUCUCUUAUCUGAAACAAAACUGCUACAUGACCAUGUACAAGUUUAUUGAUACAGCAGCAGAUGAUGUUAUCUGUAAAGAGCAGUUCAGCAAGGAUCUCAGGAAACAAGAGAACAGAUUUUCAUGUCCUUACACCGCAAAAAAGCCAUGACAAAAUUUAAAUUCUAUUUACAAACCAGCUGUGGAGCAAAGACAACAGAAUUCAGUGUGAAGAUAACAGGUAUAAUAAUUAAGUGUGAAGAUGUGACUGCAUAUGUGGGAGAUGAGAAAAAUCUCGCCUGCACAGUCUCUAGUCUGAACCAAAACUGCUACAUGAUCAUGUACAAGUUUACUGAUACAGCAGCAGCUGGUGAUAUCUGUAAAGAGCAGUUCAGCAAGGAUCUCAGUAAUCAAGAGAACAGAUUUUCAUGUCCAUACACUGCAAAUAAAGCCAUGACAAAAUUUAAAUUCUAUUUACAAACCAGCUGUGGAGCAAAGACAACAGAAUUCAGUCUGAGCACAACAGAUAUCAUAAUUAACUGUGAAGAUGUGACUGCAUAUGUGGGAGAUAAAAUAAAUCUCAACUGCACAGUCUCUUAUCUGAACCAAAUCUGCUACAUGACAAUGUACAAGUUUACUGAUACAGCAGCAGAUGGUGGUGAUAUCUGUAAAGAGCAGUUCAGCAAGGAUCUCCUUAAUCAAGAGAGAAGUUUCUCAUGUCCUCACACCACAAAAAAACCCAUGACAAAAUUUAAAUUCUAUUUACAAACCACAUGUGGACAAAGGACAUCAGAAUUCAGUCUGAGCACAACAGAUAUGAUAAUUAACUGUGAAAAUGUGACUGCACCUGUGGGAGCUGAAAUAAAUCUCGCCUGCAAUGUCUCUCAUCUGAACCAAAUCUGCUACACGACCAAGUACAAGUUUACUGAUACAGCAGCAGCUGGUGAUGAUAUCUGUAAAGAGCAGUUCAGCAAGGAUCUCAGUAAACAAGAGAGCAGAUUGUCAUGUCCUUACACUGCAAAAAGUACCAUGACAAGAAAAUUUAAAUUCUAUUUACAAACCACAUGUGGACAAAGGACAACAGACUUCAUUGUGAAGAUAACAGAUAUCAUAAUUAACUGUGAAGAUGUGACUGCAUAUGUGGGAGAUGAAAUAAAUCUCGCCUGCACAGUCUCUCAUCUGAACCAAAUCUGCUACAUGACAAUGUACAAGUUUACUGAUACAGCAGCUGGUGAUGUUAUCUGUAAAGAGCAGUUCAGCAAGGAUCUCCUUAAUCAAGAGAGAAGAGUUUCAUGUCCUUACACCACAAAAAAACCCAUGACAAAAUUUAAAUUCUAUUUACAAACCACAUGUGGACAAAGGACAUCAGAAUUCAGUCUGAGCACAACAGAUAUGAUAAUUAACUGUGAAAAUGUGACUGCACCUGUGGGAGCUGAAAUAAAUCUCGCCUGCACAGUCUCUCAUCUGAACCAAAUCUGCUACACGACCAAGUACAAGUUUACUGAUACAACAGCAGCUGGUGAUGAUAUCUGUAAAGAGCAGUUCAGCAAGGAUCUCAGUAAACAAGAGAGCAGAUUGUCAUGUCCUUACACUGCAAAAAGUACCAUGACAAGAAAAUUUAAAUUCUAUUUACAAACCACAUGUGGACAAAGGACAACAGACUUCAUUGUGAAGAUAACAGAUAUCAAAAUUAACUGUGAAGAUGUGACUGCACGUGUGGGAGAUGAAAUAAAUCUCACCUGCACGGUCCGUUAUCUGAACAAAAGAUGCUGCGGGAUGAUGUACAAGUUUAUUGAUACAGCAGCAGCUGAUGACCCAACAAUCUGUAGAGAGGACUUCAGACGUGAUUCCUGUAAACAAGAGCUCAGAUUUUCAUGUACUUACACUGCAAAUAAAGCCAUGACAACAACAUUAAAAUUCUUUUUGCAAUCCAACUGUGGAUCACACACAAGAUCAUUCACUGCAAAUAUAGCAGGUGCUGUUAUAGAUGACAAAGAUGAACCUCCUGUGCAAACAACAGAUAAAACAACGAUUGCUGUCGUUAUUUGUCUCUUGAGCUGUUUCGUCAUUGUGAUCGUGGCAUUGUUUCUCUGGAAAAGACGGAAGACGUCUAGAUCUCCACCAGAUUAUGAUAUGGGUGUUUCUAGACCUCCGCAGGAUUAUAAUAUGGCUGCAUGUGAAAAUAACAUCAGUGAACCUUCAGAUGAAGAAGCAGCGUUAAAAGAAACAUCAGUGAAUGCUCAGACAGUGUCCAUGUAACAACAGCAUCACUUCAACCUAAUAUUUAUGUUGCAGGAUUAUGAGUCUUUGAUUGGAUGGUUUAAAAGGACUAAAGCUCCGUUUUCUGUUUUAUAUUUCUGUGAAAUAUGAUUGUUAUUGAUCUGUUUUAUCAGAUUGUAUUUUAUAUAGAGCUUAAAUGUAAAAUGACUUGUAGCGUAUUUAUAUGUUAAAGAAAAUAAUUUUAAAAUCAACACUUGGCCUGUAUAAACUUAUUAAGAUGCACAGACCAAACUAUGUUUGCUUGUAUUUCUCUAAUUUAUUCAGUGCUUUAUUCUCUGCAUUUGGCGUUGGUAAUAUUAACUUCUGUUUUUGAAACUUUCUGCAUCUUCAAACUAAUUUUAAUAUAAUAUACCGAAAUGUUCUCAUGAUUAUAUUGCCUAAACUGCAGUUUUUUUUGGGGGGGGGGGCAACAUAAAGUUUAUUUAUAUACUCUAUAAUGAUUGAUGUCUGAUCUUUUUUAUCGGUCUAAAGUUUUACUGUAUUAUAAAUGUAUCACAUGUGAUGAAUAACUGCUGAAUGUAUUGUUUGUAUUCUGAAGUUUCUCUGCUGUUGCUCUUCACUUAUCCUACACUGCAAAAUCACCAGUGUUAAAUCUACACUGCUGUAGGUUAUAUGGGAAACACCAUGUCUGUAUACAGCAGUGUAGAUGUAACACUGGUGAUUUUGCUGUGUAUAAAGUAAAUAAAAGACCAACAGAAAAUUUGUAAAAUAAAAAAAACAUUAGUUAUCUUCUUACACCCUGAAGCUAUUUUGGGGAUUUUCGCCUGGAUUUGGCCUAACCAAUUUCAAAAGCUUCCCAUACCCACAUGCAGAGGUUUACAUACAAAAGUUUGGUAUCAUUUUACAGGAAACCCUUUGAAAUUACACAAAACACUGUUGAAAGUGCAAAACAUGGUUGUAUGUUUUUUCAGUCCUCUAAUAAACACAAAAAUAAAAAUG